AUGGAUCCGAUAUCUCCAAUAGUCGUCACGCCAAAGAAAGACGGAGGUAUUAGACUAUGUGUAGACAUGAGGGAAGCAAACCAGGUAAUCGAAAGAGAGAGACACAUAAUGCCAACUUUACAAGAUUUUUAAGCUGAGGUAAAUGGAGCAAAAUUCUUCUCAAAGAUUGACCUAAAGCAAGCAUAUCACCAGCUCGAAUUACUCCGGACAGUCGAUUCAUUACAACGUUGUCUACCCAUGAAGGACUGUUCCAGUAUAAAAGAUUAAAUUGCGGUACGAACAGUGCAGCCGAGAUAUUCCAAAAUGUGCUACAACAAAACCUUAGCGAUAUCAGAGGAGUGAAAAACCUGGUAGAUGAUAUUAUUAUUCAUGGUAAAACCCGAAAGUCACACGAUGAAGCACUAGAGAAAUGUCUAAAACGGCUAGCAGCACUAAAACUUGAAAGUGAAAGGGGAAAAAUGUGAAAUUCUACAAGACGAAAUUAUGUUCUUCGGAUUAAAAUUUACAGCAGCAGGAACCAAACCAGAUCCAGAGAGAAUUGAGAACAUGGUUAGAGUACCAGCUCCCAAAACUGCUGGAGAAGUUAGAAGUUUUCUGGGAAUAGCCAACACUUGCCACGAAUACAUUCCAGAUUAUGCAACUAUUACAGCACCUCUAAGAGAACUAACCAAGAAAAACAUUGCGUUUAAGUGGGAAAAUAGACAUCAGAAAGCAUUUGAGCAACUGAAAAAGAAACUAACAAGUAUCCCAGUUAUGGCAUAUUUCGAUACAAAGAAACGAAGUCUAGUAAUCGUAGAUGGCUCCCCUUAUGGAAUUAGUGCAAUACUAGCACAGAAAGAACAUCACAGCCAGCAGUACAAAAUCCUUUCAUAUGCAAGCAGAGCACUCAGCCCAGUUGAGACAAGAUAAGCUCAAACAGAUAUUGAAGGACUUAGCUUAGUAUGGGGAAUUGAGCAUUUUCGAAUGUUCUUGAGUGGAUCCGAAUUCGAUAUGAUAACUGAUCAUAAAGCAUUAGAAUCUAUAUUCAAUAACCUAAGAUCCAGACCACCGGCGCGCAUUGAGAGAUGGAUGAUGCGAUUACAACCAUUCAACUUCAAAGUCAUUUACUGCAAAGGAUCCUUAAACGACGCUGACUACUUAAGUAGACAUCCAGCUGUUAUUGAGAGAGAACAAAUAACUAGUACAUCAGCAGAAUAAUAUGUGAACUAUGUAACUAACUGUUCAGUUCCAAAGUCAAUGACACUCAACGAGAUUAAAAAAGCAACCCAUAACGAUCCAGUAUUACAAAAAGUUAAGAAUUGUCUGAAAGAGGGAAAAUAGGAUGAGAACGAUCCUGACCUUAAACCGUUUAGACUUUGCGCCGACGAAGUUACGUACAAUGCGUCAGCAGGUAUACUGUUGAAGAACACCCGGCUGGUCAUUCCAACAACAUUACAAGAAAGAGCAACAAAAUUAGGUCACAUCGGGCAUCAGGGAAUUGAGAAAACGAAAAGCCUACUACGCGAAAAAAUCUGGUACCCAAAUAUGGACAAACAAGUGAAAGAAAUGGUAGACAAAUGCAUUCCUUGCCAAGCAGUAGGUCACGGUGAUAACCCGGGGCCAAUGAAAAUAAGACCAACCGAAGACAAACCAUGGACUAGUGUAGCAAUCGACUUCUAUGGUCCAGUACACCGAACUGGUCAAUACCUGCUAGUGGUUAUCGAUACCUACUCAAAAUUCCCAGAGGUAGAAAUAGUCAACGCAACCGAAGCAAAAACUUUCAUACCAAAAUUAGAUACGAUAUUUGCCAGAUAUGGAAUACCAUAA